CUGUGUUGUUGUGUGCACCCUUCCCUCUCACAAGAUUUUUCUCUUUCUCUCUCACUUUUUUUUUUCUCUUUCUCUUUCUUUCCCUCUCACAACACCACUUCACUUCACACCAAACUCAACUUAAAGCUUCGGUUUUAUUUCCAUCCUCAAACGUAUCUUUCCAUUUUUUGACAUGUUCCUACUUUCCCUGGUCCUCCACCACCCUCUUUAGCCGUUCAAAAAUAAUCAACGUAGAAGAAGAAGAAGAAGCAUAAGAGGAAAGAAAGAGAAGAUCUUUGAUGACCCACUUUGCUAAAAAAGAGAAGAUGAUGAUGAUGCUGACCACAACUGGCACACCUUGCUGCUCCUAGGAACUUUGUAACACACUACACUACACUGCACUUAUCCCGUGUCCGAAUCCUCAUGUGAAUCACGCACACCCCGGGAUUAUCGGGUACCUCAAACUCCUUCACACAAAUUUUCUCAUCACCAUGCCCUCUUGUCAUUACACCACCAACAACAACCUCAACAGCAAGACUAGGAAACGAGGUUGUUCCUCCUCUUCCUCUUCCUCUUUGGUAAGAAGAUACCGUUUCAAGAGAGCUAUUUUGGUUAGGAAGAAAGGAGGGUCGAGUACUCCAGUUCCCAUGUGGAAGACCAAAACAAGUUCUUCUCCUUCUGUUCCUACUCAACAACAACAACAACACAUGAAGCCUUUGUUGCAUUCUUCUGGCUCCAUGUUACCCUCCAAGGACAAAGAACUUUCUGUUUCUGCCAGAAAACUCGCUGCUACAUUGUGGGAAAUCAAUGAUUUGCCUCCUUCGAGGGUGAAGAAGGAGUUCGAGGUUGAUCAACUGAGAGGCUUCAAGGAGAAGGUUAGAGGCAGAGAGAAGAAGAGUGUGCGGUUGUCCAGAUCGGGCCUGUUAAGGCCACAGAUGUCAGAUCCGUCGCAUAGUCCUGCCUCAGAGAGAAUGAAGGGGCUUGAAGGGGAUAAUAGCUGCAAGAGAAGAGUGUCAGGGUUUUCUCAUCAGCUUCUGUCUGGUGAUUACUAUUUGGAUGCUCUUGAUGCUCAUAGCAGUGCCAAUUUUAUUGAGGAGGUAGAAAAUCAGCCAAGAAGUGAGAAGAAUCGCGGAAAAGGCACGGGUGGUGUUAAGAAUCGUCUGAAGGAGGCUAGAAGUGGCCUAUCUACAUCAAAGAAGCUUCUAAAGGUGCUAAAUCAAAUGUGCCUUAGAGAGCAGCAAACAUCAAGCAUGCCUCUUGUCUUGGCUCUGGGGAGUGAGCUUGAUCGAGUGUGCCACCAAAUUGAUCAGCUGAUCCACGAACAGCGCUCGAACCAGAACGAUGUUGAGUUUGUCAUGAAGCAUUUUGCAGAAGAGAAGGCUGCUUGGAAAAGAAGAGAACGAGAAAGGAUUCAUGAUGCCAUAAAACACGUGGCUGAAGAGCUUGCGGUGGAGAAGAAGUUGAGGAGGCAAACUGAAAGGCUGAACAAGAAGAUUGCCAAAGAAAUGGCUAGUGUAAAAGCUUCCCAUUUGAAAGCAUCCAAAGAGCUUGAAAGGGAGAAGCGUGCUAAAGAGAUUCUUGAGCAAAUUUGUGAUGAACUUGCCAAAGGCAUUGGGGAGGACAGAGCACAGGUGGAGGAACUUAAAAGGGAAUCGGCUAAAGUUCGUGAGGAGGUGGAGAAGGAAAGGGAGAUGCUUCAGUUAGCUGAUGUUUUGCGCGAGGAGAGAGUUCAGAUGAAGCUUUCAGAGGCUAAGUAUCAGUUUGAGGAGAAAAAUGCUUUCCUAGAAAAGCUGAGAACUGAGCUUGAGGACUUUAUGAGGACUAAAGAUGGACAAAAUGAGGAUGUUUCUCCCGAAAGUAAAAAAAUCAAGGAUCUUGAGUCUUAUUUCAAAAAUGUCUGUAGGGGAUUCCAGAAUGAAGAGAAGGAGGAUGAUUCGGAUGUUGAAAACGAUGUAGGGCAUGAGGGAGAUGAUGAUUCAGAUGACAGUGAUCUCCAUUCCAUUGAAUUAAACAUGGAUGAUGACAGCAAAGGCUACAAGUGGAGUUUUGCUUGUGAAAAUGUUGCUCAAGAUAAGAGGUUUUCAAUUGGCAAAGAAAGUAUCGGGAGGAAGUCUUUCUCUGAGAAAAUUCAGUGGGGAAGUAUUUGCUUCAACAAGGGGACAUCAAGUGGUAGGAAGAGGGACUUUUCUAUAAAUAUUCAGGAAGUUUCUGAUCAUUUUGAUCCUGAUAGGUCAAUUGAAUUUCUCUCACAAGCUCUGAUACAAGAUGAUAAAGAUGAAACUCAGAGCAAUAGGUCUAAUCAGGGGCUCCACGACACUAUGUCAUGUGCCAAUUCGGAUAAGAGAAAUAGUCUACUAUUAACUUUGCAGUGUGCUGGUGGAGAAGCUGGGGAAAAUGCUCUUGCCUUGGAGGUUGACAAUUUGAAGCAUGAAGUUGCAGGAAAAAAUCUGGAUGUUAAGAAUUUUGAUAGUGUUAGUUAGUAACUUAUUUUUAUCAUAGAUAGCUUCAACUAUUUCUGUUCUAAACUGUAAAUGCUGUCUUUGAUGAGUUAAAUAUAUGUUCAAGGCUCAUAUCAUUGUUAUGUGUGGUAAUUGUUAAAGCCAUAGCAAGAAACAUGUACAUAUUGAAUAGAGCCACAUACUGCAGUUUUGUGCUAGCUACCCCUGGCAUCUGAAGUGCAAGUAAAUGUUCCUAUGUUUUUUAUUUUUAUUUUUGGAAUCAAAGACCGUAUCAAGGGAUUUACAAUAAA